AUGAAGAGAGAUACGCCGGGAAGGCCAAAUCCUCUUCAUCACAAUCAUCCUCCUUCGUCGCCUCAUGAUUUCGAUAACAUUGUGAAGAGAGAUACGCUGGGAGGGCCAAAUCCACUUCAUCACAAUCAUCCUCCUUCGUCGCCUCGUGAUUUUGAUAACAUUGUGAAGAGAGAUACGUUGAGAGGGCCAAAUCCCCUUCAUCACAAUCAUCCUCCUUCGUCACCUCAUGAUUUCGAUAUCAUUGUGAAGAGAGAUACGCCGGGAGGGCAAAAUCCCCUUCAUCACAAUCAUCCUCAUUCGUCGCCUCAUGAUUUUGAUAUCAUUGUGAAGAGAGAUACGCCUGGAGGGCCAAAUCCACUUCAUCAUAAUCAUCCUCAUUCGUCUCCUCUUGAUUUCGAUAUCAUUAUGAAGAGAGAUACGCCGGGAGGGCCAAAUCCCCUUCAUCACAAUCAUCCUCUUUCGUCUCCUCAUGAUUUCGAUAUCAUUGUGAAGAGCGAUACGUCGGGAGGGCCAAAUCCCCUUCAUCAUAAUCAUCCUCCUUCGUCACCUCAUGAUUUCGGUAUCAUUGUGAAGAAAGAUACAUCGGGAGGGCCAAAACCCCUUCAUCACAAUCAUCCUCCUUUGUCGCCUCAUGAUUUUGAUAUCAUUGUGAAGAGAUAUACGCCAGGAGGGCCAAAUCCCAUUUAUCACAAUCAUCCUCUUUCGUCGCCUCAUGAUUUUGAUAUCAUUGUGAAGAGAGAUACGCCGGGAGGGCCAAAUCCCUUUCCAUCACAAUCAUCCUCCUUCGUCGCCUCAUGA